AUGAGUGUUCUCACCAAUGAGACUCACUUCGCAAGUUCCCUUACUGGCUCCUGGGAAGGACAGCGAGUUGGGUUUGUGGACUUGACAUUGUGGGAUUUUGUUCCCUUCAUCUGUGAUCCAGAUCCUACCCUCAUCAAUCAGCAACCACUAACUCUGGAUGGCGACGAUGCUCUGGAGCUGCUGUGGAGUGAGCACCUUGUUCUGGACCCGCGGUUAAAGUUGGAACUCGGCUGA